UGCUCAACUUAUCUAGCCUCACUCUCCCAUACUUUUAUUGUUCACCAAAACAACCAUCUCCAAAGUUGCUCACCCUCUCUCUCUUUCUCUCUUUCUCCUCAUGAAAUAGCUAUGCGUCUCUGUGUAGUUCCCCCAAGUCCAUGAAACAAUGUCCACCUCCAUCCAUCUCCCUCUCUACUCUCUCUUUCUGCUUCUCUCCCUCCAUGCUGCCUCAUCUCUCAACUUCGAUGGAACCCUUCUCCUCUCCUUCAAAUACUCCAUUCUCUCCGACCCUUUAUCCGUCCUCGCCAACUGGGACUACAACGACGCCACGCCCUGCUUCUGGACCGGCGUAGCCUGCGCCCAAGUCACCAACACCCUCGGCUUCCCCGAGCCCUUCCGCGUCACUGCCCUCACUCUCCCCAACACCGGACUCGUCGGCACCAUACCGGAGGACUUGGGCUUCCUCACUCACCUCACAACCCUCGACCUCUCCCACAACUCCUUCACCGGCCCCCUCCCCAACUCCCUCUUCAACGCCACCGACAUCCGAGUCCUCGACCUCUCCGCCAAUGAAAUCUCCGGUUCCAUACCCGACCUCGCCGCCAACGCCGCUCUCAGCGUUCUCAACCUGUCUCACAACGCGUUCACCGGAAAUGUGCCGCGCAGCGUCGCUUCUUCUCAGAAUCUCACCGUUGUUUCCCUCCGGGGCAAUCGUCUCUCCGGAGGGAUCCCGAUUGGCAUCCGAUCGCUUCAGGUCUUGGACAUCUCGUCGAAUUCGCUCAACGGAUCGCUGCCGCCAGCUGGCUUCGGCGGCGAGAAUCUUCGCUAUCUUAACCUCUCGUCGAACCAGCUCGCCGGUGCAGUUCCCCCAGGCUUCGCGUCGAGGAUUCCGGCCAAUGCCACGAUCGAUUUCUCGUUCAACCGUCUCUCCGGUGAGAUUCCGGCGUCUUUGCCGCUGUCGAAUCAGAAGACGGAGGCGUACGCCGGGAACGCUGAUCUCUGCGGCAAACCGGUGAAUAAACUGUGUACGGUUCCUUCCACGAUUUCAUCGCCGCUGAAUGUCACGGCCGCCAACUCCUCCUCCUCUUCUGCGGCGGCGAUCGCUGCCAUACCGAAAACGAUAGCGCAACCGGAUUCCACCGCGGGCGGGAAUCCGGCCGCGCCGCAGCAGCACGGCCUGGAGCCGGGGGCUGUCGCGGGAAUCGCAGUUGUACCUUUAGCUGCCGUGGGAGUACUCGCGGCCCUAAUUUUAUACAUUCACCAGAAGAAGAAAAAGAAUGCCGCCGGUAAAAGCGGCGCGAUUCCGGCAGCCACCGCAUAUGAAUUCAAAAAAGAAUCUGAUUUCAAAGAGACAAUGACGGCUCCAGUUUGGUCUUGCUUAACAAUAAAAAACGCGGAGGAAUCAUCAGAAGCCACAGGUAGCGACAGCGACGGUGACGAAAAGAACAACUACGUCGCCGAUCAACAACAUCCUACGAUUGAAAAGCAGCAAUUGAAUAGCAAGAGAGUGCUGGUGAUGGUGGACGGAGAGACGCAGAUGGAAGCGGAGACGCUGUUCAAGGCUUCGGCCUAUGUUCUAGGAUCGAGCGGCGCCACCAUUGUUUACAAAGCCGUGCUACAAGACGGGACCGCGUUUGCGGUGAGGAGGAUCGGAGAGAGCGGCGGCGCCGGGAGGUUGAAGGAAUUCGAGCAUCAAUUCAAGGCGGUGGCAAAGCUUCGCCAUCAGAAUCUGGUGAGAUUGAGAGGGUUCUAUUGGGGAGAAGACGAGAAGCUUGUCAUCUCUGAUUAUGUCUCUAAUGGCAGCUUGUCCAACGUUGGUUGCAGAAAUAUUGGAUCAUCACCAUACCAUUUGCCUUUCAUGACCCGAGUCAACAUAGCCAAAGGUGUAGCAAGGGGGCUAGCUUACAUCCACGACAAGAAAAAUGUGCAUGGCAACAUUAAACCUAGCAACAUUCUCUUGACAGCUGACAUGGAGCCCGUGAUAAGUGAUUUCGGGAUGCAUGGGCUCAUCUAUGGCAAGCAUGCCCGCAAGUCUGACGGCCCAGCCCGACACUUUGGGAGCAGGAGAUCCACCCCGUUGCAUGAGGAUCUACACGAAAACGGCAGCCCUUGUCUCGGGCCAUCCGUGUUUGUGGGGUGCACAUCCCCUUAUCAUGCUCCAGAGUCCCUCAACAACCUCAAGCCCAGCACCAAGUGGGAUGUCUACUCUUUCGGGAUCUUGUUGCUCGAGUUGAUGACCGGAAAGGUUUUCUCGGACCGGGACUUGAGCCAGUGGACCGUUGGUUCAGUGGCUGAGGAUCCGGAGCGGGUCCUAAUGAUGGCUGACAUGGCGAUAAGGGGUGACGUAGCAACCCACAAGGAGGCCAUGCUGGCUUGGUUCAAGCUAGCUUUUAGUUGUGCUUCAUUGGUCCCUCAAAAAAGACCUUGCAUGAGAGAUGCCCUUCAUGUGUUGGAGAAAUAUCCAUGUUGUUUUCAGUAAUGAUGGUGCUGGGAGGGAAAAGGCUAUGAUUGUUGGAAAAAGAGAGAUAAAGGGCUUCCUCACUUUGGUCUUUUUUGACUUAGAAUGUGAAAAUGGUGAAUCUUGUUCAUAAUUAAAGUGAUUAAUCAUAAUGUUAUUAGUAUCGAGAUUGUUAUUAUUGAGUGUUUUUUUUUUUAUAAAGGUUUGCUUUGUUGUUAAGCAAUUAA